GUUUCCACCGUUGCACGUGUGCGUGCCGUCGUGCCAUCCUGCCCCACCACGUUUUAUGCUGCGCGAUGCUUCUACGGUUGGCGUCGUCACUAAUGCAACGCAUAAACAGUCAUGCUGGGUCAUUUGGUUUAUUUGCUUUAGUGCCCUAGUACUUUCCGCUGGGUGCUCUGUUGAUUUUGAAUGUUCGCUUUACGUCGUUGGUUGCUGUAUUAUUAGUCGCGGGGUUUGCUUGGUCGGACUUCUUCAACUCGCAUUCCUAGGUGACAUCAUGUGCUCGACGGUGGAAGUGGACAGCGUAUUUAUCCACUUUGUCGAUUAUUUCUUCUUCGCUGAUCCCGUGUCGUGGAGUGGACGGUGACAUCACUGGAAGCACGGGGAAGAGAUGCAAAGAAGAAUUUCUCCAUUCCUCUCACGUUCUGCCUUGAUAGAACGAAUUUAACGAAGCCAAGACAACAUUAUCCCUCCAUUCUCCGGUGUCAGUAAUCGUGUCAGCGUGAAAUGUAAUCUAUUUCCAUCGAAGUGAACUUAGACAUAAUUCUCGCAUAUGCAAAUUCUUGAAAUUCCUCUUUAUGUGUUUUUUGGUGACAAAGUUGUCUGGUUGACUCGGUGAUAUAUUCGUACGUUGUAUUUGGUGAACAUCAUCUCUAUGGCGGUACCUCACCAUACUUGAAACAGACGCUGGAUCGUAAAAAGUAUAUUUAGGAGUGUGUCUGUCGCUUCGCAGGUUCCAAAGAACCGCUCCUGAAGUUGUCACAAUUCACACUCCAGCGUUCCCUGGCAAGCUGUACAGUCGUGGUUGGGGUGCCCCCAGACGUUGAACUCUAGGAACAACUUCUUGGUUUUCUCAUUAGCAUUUAGACGACAAGCCCCAACAAGUGUGGUUUGCUGCAGUUUGCAGCCUAAGCAACUAGGAGAAUGGGAAAUGUGUUAAAUAAGCUAAGCGAUGCUUCGCAAUCAUUGCGAGGUCGUAAGCGCAAGCGAGAUGAGACGGAUGGGGACGAGAGUGGUAACGAUAGUGAUCUGCUGGAUCAAUCUCUUCACGGCCCGAAACGGAAAAAGUUAACUUCCACCGCCAAGUACAUCUAUCAGGCGCUGUUCAAGGAGGAGCGCAACUCGGACAUAACCGUACAUGCGCUCGGUAAACACUGGCAUCUGCACAAGGUUUACCUUAGCCAGAGUCCAUAUUUUGCCAGCAUGUUCAAUGGAUCGUGGCGUGAAGCAGACAAGGACUAUGUGCAUAUUGAAAUUAUCGAUCCGAAGAUCACACUGGAAUCGUUGUACUCGGUCUUUGGCUCCCUUUAUAUGGACGAGGUGGUACUGGACCCAAAGGAAAUCGUAUCCACGUUAGCAACGGCUACACUGUUCCAGCUCGAUGGUCUGAUCGAUCGAUGCGCCGAGGUGAUGGUAGAGACGACUUGUGCUGAUACGGCUGUGCUUUACUACGAGGCAGCCUGUGAGUACGGGGUGAAACGCGUGAAGCAGUUUACGUUCGGUUGGUUGCUUGUGAAUCUACUGAACAUUUGCCGGAAGAAGGCCAAUACGUUGAGGCUUAUCAGCGUAGAGCUGAUGGAGCAGCUGAUCACGAGUGCUGAUUUGUACGUGAUGCAAACAGAGUUUUACCUGUACACGUUGCUGCGAUACUGGAUGACCUUAAAGCUGUUUCCUGCAAACCUCACAACCCCGUCAGCACCAGUCACUGGCGAAACUGAGAAUGAUCCGAUGAGGGAAAAGUACUUCAUCGAACGUACCAGUGCGGUACCGUUUCUACGAACACCCGAAGGUGCCCCGUUUGAGCGUGUAUUCCGUGCGCUUCGUUUGCGGUACCUGCUAAACCAUCAUGUCGAUAUGCGCGUUCUGAGGGAGGACAACAUCAUUCCGUCCGAUUGGCUGCACGAGCCGCUGCUGGAACAGUGGAACAGUAUACUGUCGGUCGACAUGUCGCUCGAGAAGGAGAUCAAGUGUGAUGAGCAAACGUUUCUGGAGUCCUGCAUGCGCUGUGGUCGCAUUUUGCCUGAAAGUGUAACGCAAAAGUGGCGCUGGACGGGCUUUCAUUAUGGGCUCGACUUGAUGCUGUUCUCGGACUCGCGAACAUUGCGCAUCAAACGGCACCACCGGACGGAGCAUGAGCGUCUGUUGAGUCUGCAGGUGAAGCGUCAGUUUAUGAUACGCAUUUCACUGGCCUCGCUGAAUGAGCUCGGACAGAUCAAGCAUGAACAGAAAACCGCGAUCCAGACGAUUUCGCUCGAGAAAAACGAAGAAACGAUACUCGCUGUGUACGAUCGUGCCCUCACCUUUCCGAUGCUUAUCUGCGUGAAUAUGAUGCUUGUGUCACCGCCAGAGAAGAGAGAACGCCGUAAGCUUCCACAGCUGGUGGACGAUGAAGUGGCUGAGUGCUUAGGUCAGGAUGAGGCUCGUGCACGAUCAGAACGAUCUAGCGGCUGUUCUAACGCUCCUCACACACCCGCAGCAGAUGCCACGAGAUCAAGCAAUACGAUCCCAGAACGCAGCUUGGAGCUAGUCGAAGUGCCGGUCCCCAGUGGUAGUGUGUUGCGUGAACGGGUGGCAUGGGUAAAUGAUUCCUGAUUGGAGGUAUUCUACGAAGCAAGGGCCCGAAUAUUACGGGUCGAGUGAAGCUGAUCGGAAGGGCGUAAGUGUACUUAUAGCAGCGAGUCUUUCUUUUCUACCUUCAGCAAAGCACAAUAAACGGAGAAUCGGAUGGUGCCAUUAUUCUAAAAAUCUUUUUUAAAAGAUUUUUUCAAGUUUUUCCAGUUACUAAUGAUAGAUUUAACGCAAAAAGAUAGUUUAUAUAUAUAUUUACAAAUGCGAUAGCUAGAGUAAUAUCAUGAAGUCAGUUGAACAUUAAAUGAUUUUGAAUUCAACAUUCAUUACAAUCACGGCGACAGUUCUCGAAAAGGGUGCGAUACUCUAGCGUGUGUUGUAGCAAGUCUAUUAAAAAGUUGAAUGUGAUCAGCGCAGAGAUCUUAGUGCCACGAAGCCACUCAAGGUCUUUUAUAGCAGGGACUUGAUUCUCGAUGGCGACAGUUGAGCAUAAUAAUAGGCAGGCAAGUGGUAUUGUCGCACAAAAAGGAAGGACAUGUUGACGCCAUUGAAUAAGAAAGUAAUAGCACCACCUUGUACCAACAUUUAAGUUAUACUCUUCCACAAUAAUGCGAAAGUCUAAUAACUGUUCAACAUUACCACUAAACUUAGAAGUUCGAAACCAGUUAUUAAGCCUUUAAAUGUGAAAUGAGGGGAACAUAAAAUAAUAGAAUACUUUACAGUUUGAAAGUAAGAAAAAGGGCCCCGUGUUUUGCUUGCACUCUAUAUUAUCAAGAAUAUUGAGCAUAAUCAUAAGACGCUAACGGAUAAGGCUAAAUCGGUGUUUACUCGCAGUGUGCAGUGUUAUGGUUCGACUAUGAUAACCUAAUAAACAGAAUAUCAAUCUGUUUUUUGGCAGAAUUUUUAUA